GCCAUCACUGUAAUAAGCGCCAUUUUGAUCAGCACUUUACUCAAAUGGACAACGGGGCUCUAUGGCUGGAGUGGAAAGGGCGUUAGUCCGAUGUAUGGUGACUUUGAAGCACAGCGGCAUUGGAUCGAAAUCACUUUGCACCUACCAGCUUCGCAAUGGUACUUUUACGAUCUUUCUUAUUGGGGUUUGGACUAUCCACCUCUAACGGCAAAAGUUAGCAAAUGGUGUGGACAGGCUGCCUCCUACUUUCCUCGUGUUGCUGAGCAUUUUGCAUUGGACAAAUCUCGCGGAACCGAAGCGAACGAAGUGGCGCUCUUUAUGCGAGCCACUGUAUUAGUACUGGACACUCUCCUAUACGUACCGGCAAUUCUCUUCUUCUUAAACAGGCGACUACAAGGACGAGGCCGAAGAACGAGGGCAAUUGCGAUUUUGACCGUUUUGCUCCAACCGAGCACAAUCUUAGUCGAUCAUGGGCAUUUCCAGUACAACACUGUCAUGCUUGGUCUUUCUGCCUUUGCUUUCUCACUUCUUUACACAAGUUUACCCAACCCGGAUCUCGGAAUAGCUGCCGUUUUCUUCAGCUUGAGUUUAUCGUUCAAACAAAUGGCGCUAUACUAUGCACCGGCUGUCUUUGCUAUCAUGCUUGGACGAUGCGUUGGCCUAGCAAGAAUAGGUUUCGAACGUGGUCUGAUUUGCUUCACAGGUAUUGGCUUGGCAACGAUUAUUACGUUUGCAAUCGUGUUCCGAGAAUGGUUAAGGGAUAUCAACCAAUUAGGUCAAAUUAUUCAUCGCAUUUUCCCAGUGGCUAGAGGAUUGUUUGAGGACAAAGUUAGCAAUAUUUGGUGUUUCUCUUCAGUCCUUCCUUUACCUGCAAAGUAUAAACUCAGAAACGCUUUAUCGAUCGACUCAUUGGCACGAUUAAGUCUUGCAACAACAUUGCUAGUGAUCUUAUUGCCAUGCGCUCAUCUAUUUGCUGCUGCUGCAGAGACAGUACACAUUGAAAUGUUUUUGGACGAAGACAGUAAAAGACAAGUGCUUGCUUCUGAGAAGCGUCAAAAAGAAGGAAGUAUCGUUGGCGGAUCAUCAAUAUCCGGACGAAGACCAAGGCAUCUAUCUCAGGCUGCUCCAGCUCCGUCUGAAGCGGUAUUGCCAUAUGCUUUGCUGUCCACAUCGUUGGCAUUCUUUUUGUUCGGCUUCCAGACUCACGAAAAGUCAAUCUUGAUACCGCUUUUACCGAUGACCUUGCUCAUCAGUGUGAAAGCUGACGAAUGGGGUGGCGGUGCUGGAAAGACGGAUUGGGAAUGGGCAAUCUUGAUGAACAACGUAUCUUUGUUCAGCAUGUGGCCAUUAUUGCAACGAGAUGGCUUGGUGUGGCAAUAUGUUCUGCUUUCGGUUGGUUGGAAUUGGGCAAUUGGUUAUCGACCAUUCAACGGAUUACAGUCCUAUCGUAAAAGCUUUGUCGCAUGGGCAGCAGCCAUCAUCCACUUGGGAAUGCUUGCUCUGCAUUCGUUCGAGAUCAUUUUACCUCAUCUUCCUUCUAUCGCAAAGCCAAUCUUCUCAAGAUACCCAGACAUAUUCCCUGUCCUCAAUGUCUUGCUUUGCACUCCUGUGUUUGGCUUGAUAUGGCUUUGGUCUACAAAGAGACAAUUGGAGGUUGGCUUUGCGAGUGGG